AUGUUCUUCUUUAUGUUUGGAAAGCUCGUCUACAGCAUCAUCCUGAUCAUCAACGCCAUCGCCAUCCUCUCCGAAGACCGAUUUCUAGCCAGAAGUAUGCCCACUCCAAACUACCACCUACACUACUUUUUGCAAACACAACAGAAGGGCUCAUUUCGAUUUAACACAGUUGGCUGGGGCCGUACCCAAUCGGACCCAGGAUUCGGCACCGUAAACGAUGACUCCAGCAUCAAGGCGAAGUCAGUCAACCUGAUAGCCAGCGUUCGAACUGUCAUGAGAAUUCCCUUAAUCGCCAUAAACACCGUUGUGAUUUUAUACGAACUUAUCCUGGGAUAG